AUGUCAUCCGAAUUGGCCACCCGGCUUCUAGUCAAGCUUGACGAAAUGAAGUCUCUCAUCCUAACCCGAAGUUCGGGCUGGGAGGCCAAGGUCCCGCAGCUGCGGCAACUAAUUGCCUCUGUGCAGCACAUGCUUUGCGAAACUAGCGGCGUCAACACACCUCUGUUGCAGCUGCAAAGCAUGCAACAGGAGAUUGCCAAAUUGAAGCGCACCAUCGAAGAAUUUCCGGAUCCUUUCGUUAAGGACAAGGCGCUCCGCAUAGUUGACCACAUAACCACGAUGAGCGGGCAGCUAUUCCUUGGCCCGUCGACAGAAGGACGUACACCUUACAUGCACGCCGCCUAUCGACCCUUGGACCUCGCCGGUUUGCUGAGGGACGUCGAACCUUUCUUGUCUGCGACGUUGAAGCUCGCCCAACAACCUUACAGUAGGCUGCCAGAUAUCAGGUUACGACGGGUUGAGCCUCCCUGUGCAACCCCAGAAGUCACCGGCCAGCUCCUACUGUACGUUGAACUGACCGAGAAGAUUUGCCAGCAGAGUGAGAAAAUCGACCUCAUGCUGGCAACCCACGCCGAGCAGUCUGCCACCCGCGAGAAGGAAAUUGCGCUCUUACAGGAACAAGAACAACUGGCCACCGCCAAGGAGCGCGCUGAGAAGGCUGAAUGCAUGAAUGCGGUUUACGAUUUCAUUAGCGCCAAUGAGCGACUGCUCUGCAAACGGUUCGACGUCGAUUGCAUGACCAUGAACAAGGCCUUAACCACGGCGGCGAUUGCAUGGUCCGACCUUGGAAACGAGUUGAGUCUGCCUGACGGCGUGGACAAGGACAAGCAAUUCCAGUUCGUCGGAAUGAUAAACAAGAUCAAAGACGAACGGCUCGAAUAUGGACAUGCGUCAAAAGCCGUGGCGAAGGGAUUCCUUCUUUCAGAAAGCCUCAUGUCGACGGCCGAAACGCAUUUUUCCUUGAAUCCGGCACAAAUGGGGAUUCUGGAGAAACUUUUGAACUGGACGCUGUCUCAGCUGUGUCAUGGCGCGACGUUAUUGGAAUUGCGAUAUGCAGCUGAAUAG